UCCUCUGCCUCAGUCUCACCAACCUUCGAGGCGCUGCGCUCCAUUUCGCCAUGGCUGGCGGGAAAGCUGGGAAGGACUCCGGGAAGACCAAGACCAAAGCAGUGUCCCGUUCCCAGCGGGCUGGAUUGCAGUUCCCUGUUGGCCGCAUCCACAGGCACCUGAAGUCUAGGACAACCAGCCAUGGACGUGUGGGAGCCACAGCUGCUGUGUAUAGUGCUGCAAUCCUGGAGUACUUGACAGCUGAGGUCCUUGAGCUGGCAGGAAAUGCAUCCAAAGACUUGAAGGUGAAACGUAUCACUCCCCGUCACUUGCAGCUUGCCAUUAGAGGAGAUGAAGAGUUGGAUUCUCUGAUCAAGGCAACAAUUGCUGGUGGUGGUGUAAUACCGCACAUCCACAAGUCUCUCAUUGGCAAGAAAGGACAACAGAAGACUGUCUAAAGGAUACCAGGAUUCCUUGUUAUCUCAGGACUCGAAGUACUUAACUUGUCCAGUGUUGGUGAUUCCAGUGGACUGUAUCUGUGAAACACAAUUUUGCCUUUUUUUAACUUUGAGAAGCUAAAGCUCCCUUGAGCUUUCUAACAAACCAAAUUUCUGCAUUGAAGUCUUAACUGUAUUUAAGUGUUACCAUGGCUUCAAAGAAGCUAUUGUGUUUGUAGUGGGUUUUAAUUGAGUUGACUGUUUCUAGAUUGGUUUGAGUAAGUUAAGGAAAUGUUUGGUUUUGUACAGACGUUUCAUCCACUAGAGUGGAAAUACUCAAUAAAUGUUAUGGCAAGACUGA